AUGAUUCUAGAAGAAAUCAAGACAAGUCUUACCAUGUGGUUUUCCUACGCCUUGAUUCCUUGUUUGUUUGUGGAUGGAGUGGUUGUUCUACCUGCCCCUCAGAACCUCUCUAUGCAGUCAACCAACAUGAAGCAUGUCUUGACGUGGAGCCCAGUGAUUGUGCCUGAAGAAAUAAUACACUAUUCUGUUGAGUACCAGGGGGAGUAUGAGAGCCUGUACACAAGCCACAUCUGGAUCCCCAGCAGCUGGUGCUCACCCACUCAAAGGCCUGAAUGUGACAUCACGGAGGACAUCACUGCUACUGUGUCAUACAGCCUCCGGGUCAGGGCCACCCUGGGCUCACUGACCUCGGCCUGGAGCACUCUGAAGCACCGCUUUAACCAGAACUCAACCAUCCUCACCCCGCCUGGGAUGGAGAUCACCAUGGACGGCUUCCACCUGCUUAUUAAGCUGGAAGAUCUAGGGCCCCAUUUUGAGUUCUUUGUGUUCUACUGGAGAAGGGAGCCUGGUGCCAAGGAACACGUCAAAGUGGUGAGGCCCGGGGUCCUUCCCGUGUACCUGGAGACGGUGGAGCCUGGGGCGGCAUACUGUGUGAAGGCCCGGACGUUCGUGAAGGCCAUCGGGCGGCAUAGUGCCUUCAGCCGGACAGAAUGUGUCAAGGUGCAAGGAGAGGCCCUGCCUCUGGCGCUGGCCCUGCUUGCCUUCGUGGGCUUCGUGCUGAUCCUGGUGGUGGCGCUGCUCUCUGUCUGGAAGAUGGGCCGGCUGCUCCAGCACUCCUGCUGCCCCGUGGUGAUGCUCCCCGACACCUUGAAAAUAACAAAUUCACCCCAGAAGUUAAUCAGCUGCAGAAAAGAAGAGGUAGAAGCCUGUGUGACUUCAGGGCUCUCUUCUGAGGAGCUCCUCAAGGCCUGGAUCUAG